GGCAACGGUAGCCCCUCCGGCUUAUCGGCGUCCCCCGCAGCAGAUGGACCUUCCCCCUGCAAAACGGUGGUCAGAUUGAGAAAGAUCCAUAUGUUGAAUACACGUAUACGAAGUUCUGUGCAUGAGUGCUUCCUGCCACGUUUGGCUCGCUGCCUUGCUUGGUCGAGCGUUGGUCUAGCAGGUGGCCCAACCGCCGUUAUGCUGUGCACCGCUGGGGUCUUUCUAUCGUGGCAUGCCGUAGAGAUCCGAGUGUGUUGGCGUUCUCAAUCAUCCGAGUUGCUCCCAGGAUCGAUCGCUUCUAGAUUUCAGUGUUAUUGGUAACACUAGCACUAGCCAAGACACCCAUCACAAACCGUCCUUUUUCAAGAUAAAGCCAUAAACGGCUUCAUCCAUGGCUGCUGUGCAAGCUGCUCGGUUACUCAGCCGGAGGGCUCAUGUACUCCCUGGGAGACUGCAUGUUACCGAGCUGUUCUUCGAGGUGCCGAAGAACCACGCUAAACCGGAGGACGGCACCCUCAAGCUCUUCGGACGCUGUGUCAGGAAAUAUUCGCGGCCCAUUGUACCCCCUUCCAAAUCGGAGCUCGAAGUGCAGGAGAAACUGCCUUACCUGGUCUACCUCGAGGGCGGCCCGGGGUUUGGCAACCGCGAGGCCCAGAACGUCUCGCUCACACGUACUGCCCUCGAACGUGGCUACCAGGUCUUGUAUCUUGACUACCGCGGCACCGGCCUCAGCACUCCGGUCAACGCCGACUCCGUCCUCGCGCAGGGCGAGCCCCCUGAGCAGGCCGGGUAUCUCAAGCUCUUCCGUGCAGACAGCAUCGUGCGCGAUCUGGAAGCCGUUCGGCUCUGCCUGACCAAGGACUUCGACGAGGGAGCGAAAGCCUGGUCUAUCUUCGGCCAAUCGUUCGGCGGUUUCGUCGCCCUCACCUACCUUUCCAAGUACCCCCAAGGUCUCCGCGAAGCCUUCCUCACAGGCGGCCUUGCCCCCAUCCGGCGCACCGCCGAGGAGGUUUACACGGCCACCUAUAAGAAGGUUAUCGAGCGCAACCAAGCGUACUACAAGAAAUACCCCGAGGACAUCGCCAACCUUCGCCGCCUAGCGACGUACAUCCUCUCCCAGCCAGGGGGUCGGAUCCAGCUCCCUGCAGGCGGCUAUCUCACGGUCCAGCUGCUCCUGACCAUCGGCCUCGCGUUUGGCGGACAUGGCGGGCUGGACGACGUGCACAGCCUGGUCCUCCGGCUGGCCACAGAUCUGGACCAGUUCGGGUUCUUCACGCGCGCGUCGCUGGCCGCAUUCGAGGCCCAGAUCGCCUUCGACACGCACCCCAUAUACGCCAUCCUCCACGAGGCCAUCUACUGCCGCAAUGCCAAGGGCGCGGCGCCGUCCAACUGGGCGGCGUACCGCGUCGGCCGGGAUUUGCCCCAGUUCUCGUGGCUGGUGGACCCCCGGACCGCCUGUGCCUCUACCCCCGAAUCCCAACCGCUGUACUUCUCCGGGGAGAUGGUGUUCCCGUUCCACGUCACCGACAGCCCUGAGCUGAAGCGCAUCGCCGAGGCGGUCGAGAUCCUGGCGCAGACGACGGAGUGGGGCGACGAUCUGUACGACGAGGAGCAGCUGCGUCGGAACGAGGUGCCCGUGUACGCGGUCAGCUAUAUCGACGACAUGUACGUCGAUUUCGAGUUUGCGCGGGAGACGGCCGCGCUGGUCAGGGGGAUCAAGGUGCUCGAGACGAACGGCUGGUACCAUGACGCGGUGAGGUCGAAGGCGGAGGAUGUGCUUACGGAGUUGUUUAAGCUGAGGGACGAUGAGAUCGACUGAGGAUGUUGGAUUCUGACUUUAUGGGAAGCAUAUAGGACAGCGAGACUUUUGUCUACGAGCGAAUAACCGAUA